UUUAUGUCACCAGUUCCGUGUUCUUGAAGAUUUCUUCCAUUUUCUUCAACUUCUUGGUGUGAAACUAGUAAAAUUUUGGGAAUCAUACUAUAAGAAGUUCAUAUUGAGUUUUAUUUUAGUUGUGUUAAUGGCUUCUUUGAAGGAGACCGAACCGGAGGGGUCGUAUCUUUAGAUUUAGAGGCUUCGAGUGACCUGCAAGACGAAGGGUAAACUACAGGGUAGGAAUAGAGAAUGAAGAACGACCUCGCUGAAACCUCCACGAUUUCUGAAUAUAACCUGGAAGGAGAAGGUGAUCUGUUCAGAGCUUUAGAGCCCAUCAUCGAGGAACCGAUUGUGGGCCUUGAUUCCAUGACUGCGGCCAUCUCGUUAAUCUCGUGCGGUGAAGAUGUCAUUACUUCACAAGAACUUAAGGCUGCAGAUAUCGAAUCAUUUCAAAAUGAGCAGCUUCUCGAGGUUCUAUAUGAGUGUGAGAAGGAUCUCAUGGCACGAGGAGCGAUAGGAACAGCACCGGCUGCAGUCCUGGAUAUUGAUACUCCCUUUGUGAAGACGAAUGAAAGCCAAAAUCGUGAUGCAUCAUUCGAGGAAUGCGUGAGCUCGGAUUGUUUAAGCUCAAUGGAAUGCAUGCAAGGAGCUGCAGUCGAGCCUAAUUUUCUGGAUUUCACUGGAAUGGAUUUUGGUUCUGUUUACGGAAUGAGGAGAGCAUUUAGUGAAGGCGAUAUAAAGACACUUGGCAACGGUGAUGUGAGCGUCAUCCAUUCUUCCGUCAAGUGGCCCUUAAUUGUCAGAAGCUGUUCUUCUGAAGAUCGAAGGGAAAAGCUUUCUAGAUACAGGAACAAGAAGACUAAGAGGAAUUUUGGUCGGAAAAUCAAGUAUGCUUGCAGGAAGGCACUUGCCGAUAGUCAACCGAGGAUCCACGGAAGGUUUGCAAAGACCGAAGUUUCCGACAACUCCAAGAGGCAAUUAUGGUCUACAAAUUAAACACAAUCACCAACUUUAACCCGAACGAAGCUAGUAAGUCCAACGAGGUAACAGAAAACUGUUAGCAGUAUCAACUUCGCUGAAAUCUUAAGACGGGUAGGGUAGUGCCGAAUAAGCCAUAAACUAGCUCCUAAGUCUUAAUCUUGUUCACUGUAAUAAAACUCCACUGUAUGGAUGUAUAUAGUGUUUUGUUCAAAUAAAAUGGCACAGAACUUGUACUUUGUUCAUAUAUGUACUGUAAAAUCAUGCUUUGCGAAA